CGGAGCUCCUCGAACAACCACCUUAACCAGGCCGUGGAUGAUCAUCUGGCCAGGGACAGGCUCGCAGGGAUAAGGGGCAAGGACGACUGAGAAUAGGUUCGCAAGAUUGACCACAAUGUCAGACGCAGAAAUGAACCGGAACGACGCCGAUGUCGAGAUGGAAGAUGACCCUUCCAUCAAGCGAAAAGGGAGAGGCUUCAAGCCCAAGGCGGGCGACCACAGUGAGGUUUUGGAUGGCGUUCGCAGCAAAGGAUUUGACAGGGUAGAUGGCGCAACGCAGAGCCGAGAAGCGCGAUCCGUCGAAGGAUGGAUCGUGCUGGUGACCAAUGUACAUGAGGAAGCAACGGAGGAGGAGGUGAUGGACAAGUUUGCCGACUUUGGCGAGAUCAAGAACCUACACCUCAACCUCGACAGGCGGACAGGCUAUGUCAAGGGCUAUGCGCUGAUCGAAUACGAAACGAACGCAGAAGCGCGGACAGCCAUUCACGCAUGUGAGACGGGGUUGACGCUAAUGGAACAGGAGCUUAAGGCAGACUUUGCGUUCGUGCGACCACCGGCACUGGCUUCCGGGGCAGGCAAAGGAGGAGGAGGCCGACGAGGGAAUGCAGGCAGCGCGAGGGCGAGGAGUCGAAGUCCGUCACGCCGGUGAGGCCUGUGGACGAAAUGCCCCCAAGGAGGCGCACUCGCUCGCUGGCCGGCCAAUCUGCUCUGGCGCAGGUCACCAUUGUAUUAUUCCGCUUUCCAUGCCAUCCUGCGCUUUAGCAC